AUGUGUGCAAAACAGCUUAAAGAUCCAGCAGACUCCUAUGGGCCCAAUCGAUGCCCCAGUCCUCCAUAUGAUGCCAAAAGCCUAAAAAAAGACCUUCCUUCAGCUCCAAAAGGGCUGAAGGGACGAACGCCUGCUAUUGUGUGUGUAUUUCUGAAUGUUUUUCUUGGUUCCAUAUCUGUAAUAACUGUUUGUGGAAACCUCCUGGUGAUAAUCUCCAUCGUUUACUUCAGACAGCUUCACACUCCGACCAACGCUCUCGUCCUGUCUUUGGCUGUGGCUGACCUGCUUGUGGGCGCUCUGGUCUUCCCUCUCACAAUGGAGUUCUCUAUAAGCUCGUGUUUGUACCAUGAGGAGACAUUUUACAGGUAUUACGCAGUGUGCCAGCCGCUGGCAUACAGAACUAAAAUCAGCAGCCAUGUCAUUGUGGUGAUGAUCUUGGUGAGCUGGGGAGUUCCAGCUGUGGUUGCAGUCAGUCUGGUCGGGUUUAACAGAUCAAAAUGUGGACAAAACUGUUUGUUUACCGUUGUGCUGGGAAAAAUUCUGAUUGUUCUGAUUACGUUUUACUUACCACUUCUGGUAAUGAUAUGCAUCUACGUAAAGAUCUUUUUUGUCGCGCAGAAGCAAGCACACAGCAUCCAGAGCAUGAAAAGCUCCGGGGCAUCUGUCAGUAAGAUGGAGAGGAAGGCCACUAAAACCUUAGUGAUUGUAAUGGGAGUUUUUCUGCUCUGUUGGCUGCCUUCCUUUUUAUGUACAACCGUUUUUACGUUCAGCAACGCUUCCCGGCCUGGCCCUCUGGUAGAAAUCCUCAACUGGCUUGCUCUGUCCAAUUCAACGUUCAACCCGUUUAUUUAUGCUUUGUUUUACAGGUGGUUCAGGUCAGCGUUCAGGAUGAUUAUUUCAGGAAAAAUCGUUUCGGGAGAUUUCACUGACUUCAAACUUUUUUGA